AUGGAACACAGAAGUGGCUUCCAGCUUCUCCUCUCCUUUGUGCUCCUCUGCAUUCUCUGCUCUCAAGCGGCUGCUUUACCUCCUCUGGGAACAUACUCAACUAUGAGAUUAGGAAACAGACUGCCAUUUGAAGGGGCAAGUGAAUCUGAACAUGCUCAAGCUUCAUUGAAACCCGAGGCCGACAUUCUACAAACGACACUACCUGAAAAUGACAAGUUCUAUUUUGAUGUGUCCAGAGCUCUGGACAGAAAUGCAAGACAUUCCGACGGGCUCUUCACAAGUAUGUACAGCAAAUAUUUGCGUGAACUUGCUGUAAGAAGAUAUUUGGACUCGCUUUUGGGAGUUGGAAAUAGCAGUCCCCCUGUUGAACAGCCACCAGUCAAGCGCCACUCGGAUGCUGUCUUCACUGACAACUACAGUCGUUUCCGAAAGCAGAUGGCUGUGAAGAAAUAUUUGAACUCUGUUUUAGCUGGGAAAAGAAGUCAGGAAGAAUUAAACCCAUCCAACCUUAGGGAUGAGACGGAAUUGCUUGACCCGGCAUUCUCAGAAAACUAUGAUGAUGUCACUGUAGAUGAACUUGAGCUUCUGAACCACCUUCCAAGGAACCUCUGA